GUCGGAAAAGGGUUUCAAAUCUUUUCAUUGCAGUAAACAGUUGUUUGAAGAAAACAUUUAGUUGAGCGUUUCCAAAAACAUUAAAAUGCUUUCGUCAGGUUCGGCUGCCAUUGGCGUAAGUGCGCUGGCAUCGACGGCGUAUGGAAACGAGCGCACGGAGGUGAUAGAGUACGCGAACGAAGGGGGUUGCUUUCAUGCGGAUUACAAAAAACAUGAUGAUCUGAAGCAAAUGCUCGACAGCAACAAGGACAGCUUGAAGCUGGAGGCUAUGAAGCGUAUCAUCGGAAUGAUAGCGAAGGGCCGUGACGCAUCCGACCUAUUCCCGGCGGUGGUGAAGAAUGUGGUGUCGAAAAACAUCGAGGUCAAAAAGCUGGUGUACGUCUAUCUCGUGCGGUAUGCCGAAGAGCAGCAGGAUUUGGCACUGCUCUCGAUAUCCACCUUCCAGCGAGCACUGAAAGAUCCGAACCAGCUGAUCCGAGCCAGUGCCUUGCGAGUGCUCUCCAGCAUCCGGGUAUCGAUGAUCGUACCGAUUGUGAUGCUUGCCAUCCGCGACUCGGCGUCCGACAUGAGCCCGUACGUACGAAAAACGGCUGCACAUGCCAUACCGAAGCUGUACAGUCUCGAUCCGGAGCAGAAGGAUGAGUUGAUCGUAGUGAUCGAAAAGCUGCUGGCCGAUCGUACCACGCUGGUGGUUGGCUCCGCGGUCAUGGCCUUUGAGGAGGUGUGUCCCGAGCGUACGGAAUUGAUCCACAAGAACUACCGCAAGUUGUGCAACCUACUGGCAGACGUGGACGAGUGGGGUCAGGUCCUUAUCAUAAACAUGCUAACGCGUUACGCUCGAACACAAUUUCUGGAUCCGAAUGCAGAUGAUGACGUCGAUGUACGGGAUGCCGAAAAUAAACCAUUUUACGAGGACGAAUCCGAUUCCGAUGCAUCUGAUGGGAAACGGAAGGACGAUUCGAUUGCUUCGCCUCGGAAAACCUACACACUGGAUGUGGACCAUCGGAUGUUGCUACGGCAGACGAAACCCCUGCUCCAGAGUCGGAAUGCAUCCGUGGUGAUGGCCGUCGCUCAGCUGUACCAUCACGUGGCACCGCGUAAUGAGGUAGAGAUCGUUGCGAAAGCUCUCAUCCGGCUGCUGCGAAGCUACAAGGAGGUGCAGAGUGUCGUUCUGACCUGUAUUGCAUCGAUGUCGAUCGAGCGGAAGUCCAUCUUCGAACCAUUCCUGAAGUCGUUCUUUGUGCGUACGAGCGAUCAGACGCAUAUAAAACUGCUGAAGCUGGAGAUACUGACGAACCUGGCCACGGCGACCAAUAUAUCGGUGAUUUUGCGCGAGUUUCAAACCUACAUCAGUAGCAACGAUAAAGAGUUUGUGGCGUCGACGAUUCAAGCAAUCGGUCGGUGUGCAGUAUCGAUUUCGGAGGUGACCGAGACGUGCUUGAGCGGUUUGGUUCACCUGCUCUCCAAUAAGGAUGAGUACGUCGUGGCGGAAAGUGUGGUCGUAAUAAAAAAGUUACUGCACACGCAAAAGGAGGAACACUUUGAGAUCAUUUCCCAGAUGGCCAAACUGCUCGAUUUCAUUCAAGUUCCGGCAGCCCGCGCCGCCAUUCUGUGGCUUAUCGGAGAGUACAACGAAAAGGUGCCGAAAAUCGCCCCCGACGUGCUGCGGAAGGCCGUCAAGAGCUUCAUCGACGAGCAGGAUAUCGUGAAGCUGCAGGUGCUAAAUCUCGCCGUCAAACUGCACAUUACCAACCCGGCCCAGACGGCACUACUCUGCCAGCAUCUGCAUAAUCUCGCACGGUACGACUCCAACUACGACAUUCGCGAUCGAGCACGAUUUUUGAAACCUUUCCUUCUCGCCGCUUCCAACAACAACAACGGCAACAACGGUAUGAAUGGGGGUUCAAUAUUGUUAACGCACGCGAGAAAGAUUUUCCUGUCGGAAAAGGCCGCGCCAACACUGGAGAGCAAGUAUCACGGCCGGAGACAGUACCAGCUGGGUUCGUUGUCGCACUAUCUUAAUAUGCCCACGAACGGAUACCAGGAUUUACCGGCGUGGCCACUCGAAGCCCCCGACAAUACGGUUAGGCACGUGGAACCACCGGCGCCGCUUGGUGGUACCGGAAGCGCCGAAUACCCCGGAACGGGUCGUGGUGGAGGAGGCGGUGGUGAUCGACGGAAGAAGAAAUCAAAAUCCUUCUACUCCGGUUCGGAAGACGCCAGUAGCACUACGACCGAGGGUGCUUCGUCGGGGUCAGAUUCGUCGUCUGGUUCUGGGUCGGGUUCGAACUCGUCUUCGGGAUCCGGUUCGGAAAGUUCCGGCAGUGGAUCGAGUAGCAGUGGAAGUGGUAGUAGCGGCAGCAGCGGCAGUGGUACUAGUGAGAGCGAAGAAAGCAGCGGUCAUUCCUCGUCGGCAAGCGACAACGAAGAAUCCGGAACGCAGAAGGGUGUAAGAAAAUCACGCAAUAGUAGUAGCGCUAAGAGUAGCCAAAAAGCGGAGGAAAGAUUCAGCAAGAGUGCGUACAACGAGGUCGAGGGUACGAGCCAAUCGAAGCAGGAGACCUCCACGGAGGACAGUGACAGCGAUAGCAGUGGUAGUUACGAAUCUUCCUCGUCUUCAUCUGCGUCUGUAGCAAAGAAAAAUGCAACUAAAGCACAGGCUUCGAAACAAACAAAACCAAUCAAAGAUAAUCCUAAACCGGCGGUUAAUGCUGCACCGGUCAAAAGCAACCUAGAUUUGCUACUCGAUCUAGACGACAUUCCACCGAUCGGACCCGUUAUGACCCCUUCGCUUGGAGGCUUUCUAACGCCUUUGGACCAAGCUGCCGGAGGAUUGGCCGGUGCUGAUGGCGGCACUUCCAUCGAACUCGUUGGACCAAGCUUCAUUCCUACAAAAAAGCGUGAGCUGUUGAACAAAGUGAACGGUUUCGGUCUCGGAAUCGAGUACCGUUUCGUGCGCGCCCCGCAUCUGUUCUCGGCGCGAAUGGUGUCGGUCGAGCUGACCUUCACGAACCACGGCAAUGUGGAGCUGCUCGAUAUAGCGGUUGGCAGGAAGGCCAACCUUCCGGCUGGCGUGGCGGUGCACGAUUUCGCCCCCAUUGGCCGUCUUGAUCCGAGCCAAACGACGACCGGAAUGCUGGGAGUGGAUUUUAACGAUUCCACCCAACCGAUCCCGUUCGAGAUCCGGUCCGGGAGUGGGACGAGCCAGGUAACACUGAAAGCCCCCGUCGGUGAGAUGGUACGCUCGGUGGCGAUCGCGGAAGGUGCGUUCGAUAGUGAGCGAGCGAAACUGCGCGGCAUGACGGAACAUUCCUGUACGCUGACGUUGGGUGAGUCCUUUUCACCGGACAAUAAAAGCCUGCACCGGGCCGUGUUCGAGGCGACUAAUGUGGCCAGUGUGGUGACGAGUGAUUCGCAGCGAUUGCUUUUCGCUGGACAAACGAUGAACUCGAAAAGCCUUGUGCUUAUUGUGUUCGAGAGGAAAGAAUCUGCUGCUGUCGGGGGAAAUGAUUACUCGCUGACCGUUAACUGUGAGAAGCUGGUUGUCGGAUCGAUGCUGAUGAACGAGCUAAAAGCUGCCCUCAAGAAGUAGAUCGACUCGCUGUUAUUGUUUCCUUUCAAUCAGAGGGUCGUACGCUAGCAGCGAAUAGAAUUUAUGGAGAAAAACAUUAUUUUUAUUUAUAAUCUCAUACAAAAUACAAAUGUGCAAGAAUUUAUAAUAACCAAUAAAGAAGACUA